AUGGAGACCAUGCAUGGAUACGGCGAGAGCUGGUUCACCAACCUGAACAACCUGGGAAGCGAGUACGCCACCCAACACGCCCAGAAACAAGCCGCUCCCAAAGCAACAUCACCGAUGCAUAACUACGGCGACUCGUGGUUCGAGAACCUCAACAGUCAGAGAUUACAGUACGAGCAACAACACCAACCACACAACUAUGGCGACUCGUGGUUCGAGAGCCUCAACAGCCAGAGAAUGCGGUACGAGCAACAACACCAGCCACACAACUACGGGGCAACUUGGUUCGACGGCUUCGAGCAAAUGUGGGAAAAAUGGCAAGACUCCAAGAACGGCGGACACGCCUGA